AUGUCCUAUGAGCUACCCGUAGUGCCCGUUGAAGGUCUCAAGCAACAGCAACCAGUGGACGAUCUUAAGAUCACCGAGGUGGAUCGUUCUGAAGCUGAGAUCGACCCCGCAAUCGAACGUCGAGUUCUGUGGAAGAUCGACAAGGUCAUUAUGCCAUUGGCUAUCCUGGUGUACUUUUGCCAGUAUUUGGACAAACGAGGAUUGGCAUUCGCCGCCAUCUUUGGGCUGAAGAAGGAUCUCAAUCUGACCGGCCAAGCCUAUUCUUGGGCUUCGAGUAUCUUUUAUUUCGGGACACUUGCCUCCCAGAUUCUGGCUGUGAAGAUUUUGCACAUGUUUUCCAUCAAAUUAUAUGUUGGAGUCACCGUUGUAUUAUGGGGUGGCGUUAUGAUGGCCCAAGCUGCACCGCAAAAGGCUGCCGACUUGCUCGCGGUGCGAUUCCUGCUUGGGCUGAUGGAAGGGUCCGCGUACCCCGCAUUCGUCUUGAUGAUCUCCUUCUGGUAUCGAAAGGCAGAACACCCGUCGCGAUUCGCCUUGUUGGCUGCCGCCGAUAUCUUUGCCCAGGGGCUUGGUGGUCUGUUCCUCUAUGGAUUGAGUUCCAUCAAGGGACACCUCGCUGGCUGGCGUAUUGCUAUGCUCAUUGCAGGAGCAAUAUCGAUUUGUAUCGGUCUUGCAUUUGCCUACUUGAUCCCCGCAGACAUGGCUGGAGCUUGGUUCCUCACCUCCGAAGAAAAGCAGAUAGCGCACGAUCGAGUUGCUCGGGAGCACGCAAGUGCACACGAACGCCACUUUCAAUGGGACCAGUUCUGGGAGACGAUGAGGGAUCCGAAAUUCUACUUGGUCUUCUUCUGGGCAUUCCUCCUUUGCGCCUGUACGGUUCUCAAUUUCGGAACCUUGAUUUUGAAUGGGCUUGGCUAUUCGACCUUCAUAACCACUGUUUUGCAGCUUCCCGCUUGUGGUAUGCAGGCUACCUGUCUCAUCCUUGCCGUCUUAUCCUGCAAAAGGUUCCCAAAUCAUAGAGGAUACAUCCAAGCCAUUUGUGCUGUGGUCCCAUUGAUUGGCAGCAUUUUGCUUCAGGUGCUGCCUUAUAAAAACAAAUGGCCACUUGCAGGUGCCCUAUGGAUGACAACUUGCAACUACCACAUUUUAUCUGUCAAUCUGUCCAUCAUCUCAUCCAACAUCAAAGGUCACACGCGAAAGACACUCUUUUCGACUGUUUACUACAUUGGCUACGCUACAGGAUGUAUCGUUGGACCCCAGCUUUUCCGUGACAAGGAGGCACCUCUUUACAAAUCAGCCAUGCGGGCAAUUUCGGCCAUGUACGGCAUCUACAUUGUGUUCAUGCUCCUCUUUAUGUUCAUCUGCAAAUGGGAGAACGCGCGCCGAGAUCGAUUGGCGGCGGAAGGCAAUGAAGAGGCGAUCCCUCGUCCAGCUGUGGACUAUGAUAAUAGGACCGAUGUGAAAGAUCUUAGCUUCCGAUAUGUUCUAUAG